UGUCAUUGCCGGAAGAAUUAGUAAGGUGCCUCAGACGAACCAACACUUUUUCAGAGACAAAGUGGGGAACGGAUCUUUUUCUUUUUGUGGUCAACUUUAAUAACCCGUUUUAUGAUGGUUAUGGCCGAGAAAAAUCUUGUUGAUAUUAGGAAUGGAAGACGAUCUCGAUGUUCUAGUCCCAACGAAUCAGACGAAAGCAGCGAUGAUUCCGAUCAUGAGGGAGGUGGAAUGCGUGUAGGAAAUGACUAUCAAGCUAAAGUUCCAGAAUACAAACCAGAGAUAAAGCCAGAUCCUAGGAAUGAUGCCAUCCUUGUAUGGGCUCCAGCCAUAGAUCUCUCAGAUGGAAAAGUUGAUGAGUAUGUCAACAUUGCAAAAGAGAAACAUGGAUAUAAUACAGAGCAGGCACUUGGGAUGUUAUUUUGGCAUAAGCAUAACAUAGAAAAGGCUCUAGCAGAUUUACCUAAUUUUACCCCAUUCCCUGAUGAAUGGACAGUGGAGGAUAAAGUUUUAUUUGAGCAAGCAUUUAGCUUCCAUGGAAAGAGUUUCCACAGAAUUAGGCAAAUGUUACCAGACAAAUCCAUAGCAAGUCUAGUCAAGUAUUACUACUCCUGGAAGAAGACUCGAUCUCGCACAAGUCUAAUGGACAAGCAGGCCAAAAAGUUGAACAAGACAGGAGACAGUGAUGAAGAGUCCGAUUCCAAUGGAAAACGCUCUGGUGAUGAUGAAGAAACUCCUAAAGAGAAUGGGAAAGAAGAGAAAGACACCUGUGGGAACUGUGGCAUUCGUACAACACAACUCCAUAUAACUCCCAAAGGAUCCUUGUGUAACUCGUGUUAUCAGUAUUGGAGAAGAACAGGAGUGAUGCGAACGGCAGGACCUAAACGACAUGACCAUGGACAGCAUCGACAUAAUCCAAUGAAGCACAAGAGAAAGCCCCCCAGAGGCAUGUUCCUGAACUAUGAAGAUUUACAGGUCAUUGUUAAUGGUCCUCAAGGCCAAGCCGAGGCUCUGCUGAAAUCAUUAGAUCAGGAACUGGUUUCCCUGAAAAGACAGGUUCAGAAUCAUAAACAGAUGCUCAGUCUUCAGAAACACAAGAUGGCUGCUGGAAUUGAUGAUGUCAAACCACCAGAGACAAACCCUAGAAUCAAUGCUCGAUGGACAAAUGAAGAACUUCUUCUUGCUGUUCAAGGUGUGCGUAAAUAUGGAAAAGAUUUUCAAGCAAUUGCAGAGGUAAUUGGAAAUAAAACAGAAGCUCAUGUCCGUAGCUUCUUUGUCAAUUUUAGAAGACGCUACAACCUGGAUGAAGUUCUCGCUGAAUACGAAGCAGAGCAUGGAAAAACUGACUCCUCAGACAAGCUGGACACUGACGAAAAAGAGGAAGAAAAGAUGGAGGUUGAGUUGAAGGAAGAGGUCAAUGGAGUGGAGGACUCUACCACCAGUACUAAUUCCCCAGCCUCCUCUACAGCCCCUCCUCCCCUACUGAAACAACCCCAGGCCCCAGGACUCAAGGUUCCUCAAAUUACACAGCAGUCAAGCCCACAGCCCAUGGAAAGUUGAUGCUGGCCAUCAUUUAUAGCCUACUAGAUUGAUUCCUCCUCAGAGGACAAUUUUACAGCAGCCUCCUCCCCUGAUACGUCCCUCCACCAGCGUCUCUAAGUCGGUCACCUCAUCCUAACACAACCAGCGACAUAAUUACACCAAUAGAUGGCCUUCUCUAGAACCCAUCUAGUACAAUGUAUAUCAGUGUCUUAACCAUAUUUGAUAUGCCUGGUUAACUUACUAUAUGAUUUUAUUAUACAAACAUCAGACUUAAUGAGAAGGAAAUCUGGUUGAUGUUCAAUUUUGUUAAAAAACUGCAGAGAUAGAAUAAAACAUGCAUAUAAUAUAUGAUUUUUGUAGAGUUAAUAUACCUAAUACAGCUUUGAAUUUGCUCACUUCAAAUUUCUGAACCUCUUGGAUUUUCAUGAAUUUCUUCUCUGAUAUGUCAUCACACUGGUAUAAAAUUAGUAUAAUUUUCAAAUGCUGCAAAUAUAAAGGCUGAAUCGGUAUAUGUAUGUUAGAAUUUGAUUCUGGUGUUUUGGUUUUUUUCUUCAUUGUAGGUGAAUUCAAGUACCCUGGUAUUUGUACAUUUUGGAUUUUUUUUUGUAGAUAAUAGGUGAAUACAUGUACAAGUGUAAUUUUCUUCAUACAUUCACAGUGGGAACAGAAUUUGGAAAAUCAAGAACGAAAUUUGAUUUAUCAAAUUCUGCUCCCAUUUAAUUUAUUUUCUUAUUCUACUUACAUUAUCAUUAAAUCAUUUGUUUGUUUUAAAAAUAUAUAUUAGAUGUUUUAUUUCAAGUGUAUAUUGUCAUGCUUUGUACCUUUUUUGUGCCUCAUAUCUGCUAUUUUGAGUACUGUGGAAUCGUCCAUGUCUAUGGGGGACCAAUGUUCAUGGAUUUUGUGGGUCACUCUUAUCCAUGAAUUUUUAUCCCCACCAACAAUUAUUUUGUCAACAUAUUUAUUUAUUGAAUCAGCUGUAUACAUGUAUGAUUUAUCGAAAUUACAUCCCUAUGAACCACAAAAUUUUGCUUGCCAAUGAACAUUGACCCCCCACAUCUGAAAGUGAUUCUUUAGUGUCCCAUUAUACACAUACGUAAUGUUAAUUGUAGAUAAAUAAUAUGUAGACAAUGUGUGUGGACUGUCAAGAUUUUGUUUGGUAUAUUUGCACUUCUGAUGAAUCCUGUAGUCAUUGUGUUGAUCCAAAUCUGUACAGCAGGGUGAUGAUACCAACAGUACAUUUAUACCAUUCCAUACUGCUGGUACAUAAAUGAACUACUGUACUAAAAUGAGGUUCAUAAAGA